AUGUCCAUACCAUCCCUCCCCUCGGCCAAAGUUAUUCAUGUCGACACACGAGGGGCCGUAAUCCUGUCGGAAGAAUCGCCAGAGACCAGGGACAGUCGAGGGAUAUAUCUCCCCAAUUACAUCGAACCCGUCUCCCACAUUGCGGUGGACGUUGGUGGGUCCUUAGCAAAAGUUGUUUAUUUCACCCGCUCCCCUGAACCUCCAUCAUCGCCAUCUCUUCCCGCGACUCGUGUGUCCAGCACUGCCAAUGACGUAUCCAGCUCUCGUUCGAUUUCUCCCUUGGAUGAUACAAGCAGCACUUGCUCCUCGUCAUCCGCCCCAUCCAACAGCAAACACAAUGGUGCUCUCACGCCGCUAAUUUUGGAUCACCCGCACCACGCUGUAAAUAGCCUAUCCGGCAUUGAUCACGGGCUGCUGCGGGAGUCUUUCCUUCGCCGGAAGGUACAGCAUUUUCCUGGAGGGUCCCUCAAUUUCGAACGAUUCGAGACUGACAACAUCAAUGACUGCGUCGAGUUCAUCCAAUCGCUUAUUGAACGGUCCGCGAAUGUCAAUGGGGUUUCGAUAGACGAUAUGCGCAAGGGAGUGAAAAUUAUGGCCACUGGUGGUGGUGCGCACAAAUUCUACGAAUUGUUCAGGGGGGAAUUGCGUGUGGAAGUAAGGAGAGAGGACGAGAUGGCUUGUCUGAUUGAAGGUUUGAAGUUUAUCACGCUCAUCCCGGAUGAGGCGUAUUACUUCUCAGAUGAGCUCAUCCAAUCCGUCUCUCAUCCAUCGACUGCUUCGGCACCAAAAGCCGCUGAUUCUACCGUAAAGCCACCGCUUGAACGACCAAGUCCUAACCCUCCAGCAUACGGUGUCACAUUCGAGCAUCAUCCAACAACGCAAUUACCUUGCUUGCUCGUGAAUAUCGGCUCUGGUGUAUCCAUUAUCAAAGUGGACGAGGAUGGUAGCUUUGAGCGCGUGAGCGGGACAAGUUUGGGUGGGGGUACGCUAUGGGGUCUCCUCAGCCUACUAACGCCUGCAACUACCUUUGACGAAAUGCUUGCAAUCUCUGAACGAGGGGACAACUCCACCGUUGAUAUGCUGGUUGGAGAUAUUUAUGGACAAGACUAUAGCAAGCUCGGCUUGAAAUCGACCAUGAUUGCCAGUACGUUUGGCAAGGUAUUCAAAAAGGGUGGAGAGAAGAAGAAGUUUUCAGCUGAGGAUAUCAGCAAGAGCCUUUUGUAUGCCGUCUCUAACAAUAUCGGUCAGAUCGCGUACAUGAAUGCGGAAAAGUACAACCUCGAUAGAAUAUACUUUGGCGGAUGUUUUAUUCGAGGACACGCAGCUACCAUUUCUACGCUCUCAUAUGCGAUUCGUUUCUGGAGUAAGGGAACGAAGCGAGCUUUGUUCCUUCGGCACGAAGGAUUCCUAGGAUCAAUUGGGGCCUGGAUAAGAAACAUCGAACCCGAGGAGGCGGAGUAG